CUUAGCAGCACAAGCUCACCGGCGGAAGUCAGCAAUGGGAGACGUCAUUUGUGUGAGCAGUAAACAGAAGUGAGGCGAAGCAGUUGUCGUGUCAAAACAUGGUAGUGUUGUUUCUCCUUUUCACAAAGUGGUUCGACAACUUCAGUUUUUUUUUAUAAACACAAACGCUAAAUUAAGAGAAGAUCGGCGGGCCAUGGCUACCGGAGGUGAGGCAGCAUCAAAUGUAGAAAGACGAGCUUCGAACUUCGCUCACUCGGGAGCAGGCAGGAAUUCAGCGGCAGCGCCUGGUGCAGCUGCCCCUGCUUCUCCGUCGCUGGGCCUUCACAGGGAGCCCAUGUACAACUGGCAAGCCACGAAGAGCUCCGUGAAAGAGCGGUUCGCUUUUCUGUUCAACAACGAACUGCUGAGCGACGUAAGGUUCAUUGUAGGCAAGGGGAGGCUCGCUCAGAGGAUCCCUGCUCACAAGUUUGUGCUAGCGGCUGGCAGCGCUGUUUUUGACGCCAUGUUCAACGGAGGCAUGGCAACUACCUCUACUGAGAUCGAUCUGCCUGAUGUGGAAGCCGCUGCUUUCCUCGCAUUGCUAAGGUUUCUUUAUUCAGAUGAAGUUCAUAUAGGUCCAGAGACAGUUAUGACCACCCUUUACACUGCCAAAAAGUAUGCAGUCCCUGCAUUGGAAGCACACUGUGUAGAUUUUCUCACCAAACAUCUCCGAGCUGAUAAUGCUUUCAUGCUUCUUACUCAGGCUAGGUUGUUUGAUGAACCUCAGCUUGCCAGCCUUUGCUUGGAUACAAUAGACAAAAGUACAGGAGAUGCAGUUAGUGCAGAAGGCUUCACAGAUAUUGACUUGGAUACACUCUGUGCAGUGCUGGAAAGAGACACACUGGGGAUUCGGGAGAGUAGGCUCUUUGCUGCUGUUGUGCGCUGGGCUGAAGCAGAAUGUUACAGACAAGAGCUUCCACUAACUUCAGAAAACAAGCAGAAAGUGCUGGGGAAAGCGUUAGCGCUCAUUCGUUUCCCCCUGAUGACCGUGGAGGAGUUUGCCGCAGGGCCUGCCCAGUCUGGGAUUUUGUUCGAUCGGGAGGUGGUAAAUCUGUUUUUACACUUUACAGUAAACCCCAAACCCCGGGUUGACUACAUUGACAGGCCACGAUGUUGUCUCAGGGGGAAAGAAUGCAGCAUUAAUAGAUUCCAGCAAGUAGAGAGUCGCUGGGGAUAUAGUGGAACCAGUGACAGAAUAAGGUUUACCGUUAGUAGAAGAAUAUCUAUAGUGGGCUUUGGUCUCUAUGGAUCUAUUCACGGACCAACUGAUUAUCAGGUCAAUAUACAGAUUAUUGAAAGUGACAAAAACCAGACACUAGGACAAAAUGACACAGGGUUUAGUUGUGAUGGAACAGCUAACACGUUCAGAGUAAUGUUUAAGGAGCCUAUAGAGAUUAUACCGAAUGUCAGCUAUACGGCAUGCGCAACUCUUAAGGGUCCUGAUUCACACUAUGGUACCAAAGGGUUAAAGAAAGUGAUUCAUGAAUCUGCAGCAGGAACCAAGACCUGUUUUUUAUUCUUCAGUUCACCUGGAAAUAACAAUGGCACUUCUGUGGAGGAUGGACAGAUUCCAGAGAUAAUCUUCUACACAUAGACUUUGGAAUUACAAUAGCUCAUCUUGAUUGGCGGUAUAAAGGGGAGCAUGUUGCAUCUUAACGUAUUACAAAAAGGAUACAAAAAAAAUAAUUGGCAAAAUGGAGUACAAGUGACAACGUAUUACAAAACUGGAGAUUUCUUCAAGCAAAAAGUAGCACUUUUUUGUUAGUACUGUGUUCGUUGAUUUAAUCCAUACAGCAAAAGAAGAAACUAUGCUAUAGUAACUAUGCUAUAUAUUGAUGAACAUGGAAAACGCCUGCGACUAAUGUUCAGUUUUUUGUGGGUUCUGUUUAAACCCGACACAUCUCAGGCCUGGGGAUUCCUAUGGUUUGUUAUAAUUGUUGCCUCGCUGUAUGGAUUUCAUACACAUAUAGUUGUAUCAUUUAACCAAGCUUGCUGUACAUUUAAGAAUGAAAACAAACCUGUAUUCAUCUUAACUGGAGUGAUAUUAUUAUUAUUAUUAUUAUUAUUAUUAUUAUUAUUAUUAUUAUUAUUAUUAUUAUAUAAAGAUUACUUGUAUAAAGAUAGCCGUAAUCAGCCUUUUAACCUUAUUUAUAGCCAAAUGAAUCCUUAACAUAACAUGGUCAGUGUUAUGUUAUGUUAUAAAGCACUACAGGACUUUAUUGAGCAUUGUCUUUACCGUAGUAGUUUUGUGCAUGCUCCUCUGCUAUGAAACUAAGAAAGACUUCAUAUCUAUUACAUGUGCUUGUAUGUAAGUGAAACUUUGUACAUGCUGACUUUUCACGGGUGUUAUUAAGCAUUGUCUGCAUAGAUACUGCCUUUUAGCUAAAUGGACCUUUAAAUAUUAGUGUACAAUUUAAAAAGAAAAAUGACCACUGAUGUUUAUUCUUCCAGUGCUGAUGCAGAACGCAACAUUUUGUUUUUAAAAGACCAGAAAUAAUAAAUGUUAAUUAAGAAAAAAAGAAUGGUGUAUUUUAACAUUGAAAAAAAAAAGUUUUAAACAAGAUGGCCAUGUACCAAGUUAAUGCCUUCUGUGCACUGUAAGUAAUACACCAUUUGUGAGGGACUGUUACCAGGGUUUCAGAGGAGAUAUAUACCCUUACUGUAGCAAAGUGGUUUAGCACCACACUGGUUUCUGUUGUGUUACACUGACAGCAGUAUCUGUUUCCUGUCCAGCAGCCACAUCUCCACUAUGGAAACAAUCUGUUAACUGAUCCCAGUGAUGGUGUUUUGUUUAAAUGUACUUGCUUUAGAUCCAUGUUGGUCAAUACUAGGGAUUAGGACCUGCCGGGCAACAUUCAUUGUUGGUGGGCACUUUUUUUUUUUUAUUUCUUUAAAUGCAAUAAUAUUGUUUAAAAAAGAAAGAAAAGCAUUUACGGUUACAGUACCAUAUUGUUAUUAAGUUUUUCAAAUGACAGUAUUCUUCAGUAGUUGUACAAUUACAUUGUUUAGUUUAAAAAAAAACUAUCAUGUGGGGAUGUCUGAUUGUCUUUGCAUCACAAAUGUUCUUAACAUUUCCAUGUAUUUCUGGAAUGAUUUAAUUUGCAGUUGGUGCUAUAACUUCAAGGUGCCCUUCAGAGGCAGCAACAUGCAGGGCAGACCUGCCAUCGUAGUCAACAGAAUUGACAUCCGCUGCCGACCAGCAAGUAUCUGUGAAAACAAAUGUGUUCUAUGUAGUUGUUCUUUAUCUGAUUUAUGAUAAAAGUUAUAAAUAACACAUGUAUCACUCAGACAUAAGAACUAACAAAUAGCCCAAUUAAGCAACUGAUGGAGCCUUGCAGCAAGCUUUCCUUAGAGGGUAAAUUAAACAUAUGCAUAUUAAACUA